AUAUAUAUAUAUACAGAGAGAGAGAGAUGAACAUUAUUUUCAAAAACAAAAUCAAGUUGACAACCGACACCAAACAAGAUCAAAUUCCUCCUUCUCUCUCAAUCCUCCGAUCAUUCACACAUAUAUAUAUCAACGAUAUAUACACACCGCAAGAAUCAUCAUAAUACACGACCCAGACAAUCGCAAUCGAGAGAGAGAUCAGAUUAUGCAGUCAUCGGUGCAGCUCCGCCGGGCGACGUCGCCGGCGACGUCUUCCGCUGCCGAGAACGGAUUCCACCACUCGCCGGAGACAGUCGUGAGACGGGUGUGCCUGACGCGUGGGAUGCACGUGCCGGAGCACGUGGCUUGGCACCACACGCACGAAGUUGGCCCCGACCAGUGCAGCUCGGCGGUGGUGCAGACGGUGCACGCGCCGCUGGAGCGCGUGUGGGCCGUGGUGCGGCGAUUCGACAACCCUCAGGCCUACAAGAGCUUCGUCCGUCGCUGCCACGUCAUCUCCGGCGGCGACAGUCUCGCCGUCGGCAACCUCCGCGAGGUUCACGUCGUAUCCGGCCUCCCCGCGGGCUCCAGCACCGAGCGGCUCGAGAUCCUCGACGACGACCUCCACGUCAUCAGCUUCAGCGUCGUCGAUGGGGAUCACCGCCUAAAGAACUACCGGUCCGUCACCACCCUCCACGCGGCGGAAGACGGCGGAGACACGGUGGUGGUGGAGUCGUACGUGGUGGACGUACCGCCGGGAAACACGCCGGAGGAGACGCUCAGCUUCGUCGACACCAUCGUACGGUGCAACUUGCAGUCUCUCGCGAGAAGUACGGCGAUGAACAUGCAAUCACGCUGAAUCUAUACAUACGCAUCUAUACGCAAUGAAAUGUAUAGAUUUAUACUCACGUAUGUAUUCCAGACUCUUUUAUAUAUAUAUAUAUAUAUAUAUAUAUAUAUAAAUCGUUUCUCUUAUUUUCUGCGUUUUGUGUAUACGAUCAUUUUGUAUAAUUUCCUGUUGUGUGUUUAUAAUGGUUUUGGUGUAUGAUUUCUUAAGGAGUAAUUGUGGAAUGAGGAAUUUGCGGGUGCAAUUCAAUGUGUAGAAGAAAACCCUAAUUGGGAUCUCGUGAUUAGUGUCUCUUUCGUGUUUAUCGACACUGUUACCGUCCUAAGACAUUCAAUUAGGGGGUAUUUUGGAUUAAAAUUAUAUUUUCAUUAGGUUUUCGCAGUUAUAGUAAAAACA